AUGGAGAGUGGGAUGGGGAGUGGGAUGGGGAUGGGAAAGGGGGAGGAGGGAUGGGGUAGGGAAAGGGGAUCCGGCCACUUGUCCGGCGUCGCUGUUGAGCUGACGAGAGAGCCGAGCGGGCCCAUUGAAACAGCCCCGGAUCGGGGACCGUUUCAGCCGGACAGUCGACUUGUAUCCUCCGAAAGUGUCUCGCGAGAGGAGCAAACAGACAUGACAAACGGGGCAACCGGGACAAACGAGACAAACGAGGCGUACAGACAUUCUCGUGUCGGCAUGGUCACAACAGACCGACAAAACCCACUCGGACAUGGCAUCGUUCCUGCGAGGGCCGGUGCAAAACAUGCAGACUGUCAGUGCCGACCUGUCGCUUGGGCGACUGGGGGCGGGAGCAUUUGA